CUUCUUUUCUGGAAGGCUCUCAUAAACUUGCACUACACAUCACUCUGACGGGCACUACGCGCGCACUCAUCUCUAUCGAUCUCGCACUCCAUCCAUAACGCACAUCGCAUCACUAGAGACCGAGUUAUUUAUACCGACACCACCAUAUCGCAUACCAUACACAGCGACAACUACAGCGUAUAUCACUUUGAAAAAAGCAAGAGCCUGGAUUUCCUCGAGUGAAGACCACAAGAAAGCACAAACAAACCCAUCACAAUGGCGACACCCAAUGUCAGAUUCGGCAGCCCCAUCAUCUUCUUCGACUCACAUCCCGAGCAACAAAACGGCUACAUCGCAUCGUGGGUAUACGCCUUCCGCGACCACUUGAAGAUCGCCUGGACUGGUGAUGUGCCCAAGAAACUGUUCCCUGGUACUCUGCGACUAGUCUGGUGGACUACCGACGGUGUCCAAGGCCUCCGCGACUUUGAACUCCACCAAUCCGAACUCAUAAAAUCCCUAUGGGACUCUCUCCUCGAUAACCCGGAUGUCGCCCGCGCGCUCGUGACCGGCUACUCUGGCCAAAACCCCUACGUCCUCAGCUACGGUGACAACCCCUGGCUCACAAAGGAACAAAAAGAAAGGCUUGUGCGCCGCCAGAACGACGAGAUCUGGGCAAAGAAGUCAGCAAAGAGAGUGGAGACCAGAAGUAAAGAAGACAGAUUUGAGGAUGAGAAGGAGGCCAUUAGGAGAAAAGAGCAGAUUUUGGAACAUAUUGAUGAGGUUAUCCAGAGUAAUGAGGAUGCGGAGAAGGAGAAGCUGUUGGGAGCGGAAAGAGAGUAUGUUUGAGGCCUGAGGGACGGUUGUUACUUCCUGGUCGGUCGUCUGGUGAAGAAGCCUCUUCUCAUGGUUCUGGACGUACGCUCGCCGGUAAAGUUGUUCAGUAUUGCCAGGACACUCGCCCCCAAUUCGGUCUCUCAUUCUUCCCUUUGCACUUGGACUCGGACACGCUUCUUUCUCUUGCACAAACCCCAUUCUUCUUGCAUAGUAAGCGGGCGUAAAGGGCAUUCAAAUCUUCUGUACAUAACCAUUCUUGUAAUCACAUUUUCAACACAGUAUGGGUGCUUACUCUCGCA